AUGGCUGCUACUCGUGUCAAUAUUGAUGGAUCGUCCUUUGAAGGAGGCGGACUACUUCCCCCUGGAACAUUCCGUCUGAUUCACGAGGAUGGAUCGGAGAUUCAUGGCCAGCGAGCUGUCAUGCUUGACCCAGUGCCUACCAAUGAUCCCAAUGAGCCUUUGAAUUGGAACACGACUCGCAAGGCUGUGAACUUCACUAUUGUAUUGGGAAUGACAGUCGUGGUCUUUACAGCACUCUCGAUCCAGUCGAUCUUCUGGCAACAAAUGGUUAUAGAUCUAAACGUCUCUUAUUCGCAACUCAAUCAGGCCAUGUCGGUCAACUUUGUUGGCUUAGCGACCGGCUGCGUGCUAUUCAUUCCUCUGGCUAAGAAGUUCGGCCGGCGACCAGUAUAUAUUGUGUCCACUGCUAUAAUGCUAGCCACCUCAUUCUGGACUGCCAGACUUGAAAGUCUCGCGGAGCUUUACGUUACGAAUCUGCUACAGGGCUUGGCUGGUGCAACCAACGAGACUAUUGCGGAGAUCACUAUUUCCGAUUUAUUCUUUGUGCAUCACCGUGGGAGUAUGAACGGUCUGUACAUGACCAUGGUCAUGAUUGGGAGUUUCUUGACCCCCAUGGCAGCAGGAGCCCAGGCGACGAGACAAGGCUGGCGUUGGUCUUAUCAAACAAUGGGGAUCUUCAACGCAAUCUUCUUCCUCUUGUUUCUCUUCUGUUAUGAAGAAACUAAAUAUGUCCCAGUCCUGAACGGGCAAUCCAGAGAUGGUCCAGACAAUGAAGAGGAUCUCUCCAUUCCCACCGACCCAGAUCACAAAUCUGGCGUGCAGUCAGACACUAAAGCCGCACUUCCAAUUGAACCAAGCAGCCUUCAUCAUGAAUUGGACCUCAGUAUCCCUAUUAACUCAUGGCGAAAGCGGUUCGCUCUGUGGACUCCCACUCCCGAGCCCAUCUGGCCCUACUUUUACCGGCCAUUUUACGUGUUGUUCAAAUUCCCAACUGUCUUCUUCACUGGACUCCAGUAUGCCUCUGGUGUGGUUUGGCUGACCAUCUCUGCGAAUGUGCUGUCCCUUGUCUUCCCACUGCCUCCCUACAACUUCACGCCCGAGCAAAUUGGGUUCAUGAGCCUUGGCCCAUUCGUUGGAAAUCUCAUCGGUGCCCUUUACGGUGGACUGCUUGGAGACCGCUCUAUUCUUUACUUCUCUCGGAGAAAUAAAGGUUUCUAUGAGCCUGAGAUGCGUUUGUAUAUUCUGCAUCUCCCGGCCCUUUUUAUGGCUGCAGGCUUGAUGAUGUUCGGAAUCACAAUCUCACAGGGCAUGCACUGGAUUUACCCCAGCAUUGGCGGAGCCUUUUUCGGAUUCGGCCUGGGUAGUAUUGGCGAUGCCACUCUGACCCUGGUCAUUGAUAGUUACCGUGAUAUCACUGGCGAUGCUUUUACUGGAAUUGCGUUCCUCCGCAACGCCAUUAGCAUCGGUAUUCCAUUUGCCAUUAGCCCAUGGAUCCAGCGCGACGGUCUCCGGAACAUGUUCAUUGCAUGUGGAUUUAUCAGUCUGGGUAUUUCGCUACUCAUCAUUCCAAUGGUGUUCUACGGUAAGAAGUCUCGUCGUGGCCUGGCGGCACGAUACUAUCGCCUUGUGGAACAGCAGGGUCACACCCAUGGUGGGUAG